CGUGCUCAAUAAUUUAAAAUGCAUUUGAAAACGCGGUCAUUUUAUAUGCUGAUUGCUCAACGCGGUAGUUGAGGACAAAGCCGAGCACGGUAAACAUAGCACGCGGUGACACACGACAGUUGACGAGAAACGGCGCCAAAACUGCACUGCGGACCAUAUAGUAUAGUACGAAUACACGAAACACUUGCUUUUGCCAAUCUGCGGUAUCUUGCAGCUGCAAAAAUUGUGGAUCUAUAAAUAUACAUCACUUGGAAGCAAAUCAUUUAGCAUCGAGGGACGGAGUUAGGAUGGGUGAUGAAAUGUUGACUUUGUUUUACGAUAAAGAGAUCUUGAACUACACGAAAGCUGCAGAAGGGAAGAACAUUUCCGAGUACGACAAAGAAGCAGAGUUUCGAUUAUUUCGAGAUUAUUUUGGCCUCAUCCAUUUAAUUCAGAGCUGUGAAGUGGGAGUGGGAACACGGCAGCGUGGAUACGGAGAACUGUUAGGCUAUCAGACAGAACGUAAUAGAUUGGAUAGCGUGGAUUCUGAUAUAUGGAGCGAUACAUCAAGUGGUGGACGUGAUUUUGAUACAUCACUGGACGGUGUACAACCAAGUCCAGGCAUACCUCAAACAAGCCCUUCACUUGCACCAGGGUUCUCUCCAUCAAGAAAUAUCAUCCUACGAGACGGGGCAGAUACAACUUUGCGAGGGCGUCCUGUAUUGGCAGAUGUGAGUAAGAUUGCUGUGGGAAGACGUAAUCAAAAUGUUUGUGUGUUUUGUCGUAACAACGGUGAGAGCAAGAAGGUGUACUCCAGUCAUGUUCUGAAGGAUUCUCAAGGCAACACCGUGUGUCCGAUACUUCGAGCCUACACUUGUCCAUUGUGCAAAGCAAGUGGAGAUGAAUCACACACGAUCAAAUAUUGCCUGAAAAACAAGAAUAACCGUUUGGACAAAUAAAGAAGAGGAACUUACAAUAUAUUGUAUGAACUUAAUUCAACAUGGAGUCAACUUAGCGCAUAUUCUGAACGCAUUAGAAAUGUAUAGUGAGUAAGUUAUUUGCUGGCGUGAAUGCAAGCACGGCGGCUUAGCGUGUUUAUAGUGUGAUUUGAUCCUAGCAACAAGAAUCGCGCGACCGUAACCGUUAAAUUUCAAGUAGUUUAAUUUCAUGUUGGAAAUGGUUAUUAAUGAUUUUCGCUAUUAGGUAUAUAUUACUUGCCGUAACGACCGACACGAAACUCGUUUACUGUUACAAUCCUUGACAACCUACAUGAUUUGACCAAAAUAUGCAUGCGUGCAUGCAAGCUAUUGUCGAUUUGAAGUUCAUGCUUCAAAAUUUAGCGGCGCUUGCAAUAUCGUUUAAAUUUUCAUUCGUGCAUCGGUUACGAGCGCGUAUAUAAUGAGAUAUAUUUAAUCCAGAAUUUUUAAUUUCCAUGAAAAAUUAGAUAAGAACCUAAGUCUAAGACAUUUUUUCGGUGUGACUAUGAUUAAAUUGUACGGGUUGUUAUAAGUCUAUGUAUACGGGACUUGUGUAAUGUAACAAUUUUUUACUAAUAUUUAGGAUACCUAGAAUAAUAAUUAAUACCAGUAACAAUUUUAAAGAUGUAUAUAUAUCACCCAUUUGGUAGGGAAAAGCGGUUUCGUUUUGUAUCAAAAAUUUCAAAAUGUUUUAUAUAUAAUUGCACGCGAUAAAUUUAGAGUGUGAAAUUGAUAAGAGUUAAAUAAUUUUUAUUUUCUAGAAUGAUGUAGUUUAAAAACAGAUCAAAGAUCUAAUUUUCGCAAUAAUUGUUGCAUGAGAUAUAUAAUAUACGUAUAUAUAAUAUUAUGACAGUUGUGUUGCUGUGGGCAAUAUUGACAAUAUAAACAUUUAAAUUCUUGAUUCUAAAUUUCAAUUUGUGUAUAUAUGAUUGUAGAACAUAUAGAUAUAAUAAUGCGAACUUGUGGCGCCAAGAUAAUGUUUACGGCCUUUAUAUUAUUAUAUAUUAAAAUUUUAU